CAUAAUUAAGCGGAACUUCAUUUUUCCCUUUUCUUCCCUCUGUCUUCGAUUUCUUGUUCUCGAGACCACCAGACCAUAACGGGCGACAUGGCGAAGGAGGCGGAGGCGAGCGCGCGGAAGCGGAAGGCGAGCGACGAUGUCGGCCCCGAAGGAGAGGAGCCCGCUAUGCCAGAGCCGUCCCUCUUGGAGGUGGAAACCAAAUCGGGGGAGGAGGCCUCCAAUUCCAACCCUAAUCCCCGCGAUAACUUCCUCUUCGAAGACGACUACGGCUGCGCCAGCUUGUGCGACGACAACGUUGACAUCAUGCAACAUUACUCCGACAUCUGCGCCGUGGAUGCCGUCAAGAUUCCCUAUGUCGGCGACAAGGAACCUCUUUCCUCAUUGGCCAUUGAGUUUCAAUCAGGCAGCCCCAUUCUUCAGGAGAAGAUCAAGCUCCUUGCUGAACAAUAUGCUGCAUUGAGGCGAACACGAGGAGAUGGAAAUUGUUUCUAUCGAAGUUUUAUGUACUCCUACCUGGAGCAUAUUUUGGAGACACAGGACAAAGCUGAGGUUGAUCGUAUUUUGGCAAACAUUGAACAGUGCAAGAAGACACUACAAGUUCUUGGAUAUGCAGAUUUUACCUUUGAGGACUUCUUUUCAAUAUUUAUCGAGCAGCUGGAAAGUGUUUUGCAAGGGAGUCAAACCUCGAUAAGUCAUGAGGAGCUUCUGCGUAGGAGUUGUGAUCAAUCUAUUUCAGAUUAUGUUGUUAUGUUCUUCAGAUUUGUUACUUCUGGUGAAAUACGCAGACGAGCUGAGUUUUUUGAACCAUUUGUUGCUGGUUUAACAAAUACAAGUGUGGACCAGUUUUGCAAGGCUUCGGUGGAGCCAAUGGGAGAGGAAAGCGACCAUGUGCACAUCAUAGCUUUAUCUGAUGCUUUAGGUGUACCUAUUCGUGUGGUGUAUCUCGACCGGAGCUCAUGCGACCCCAGUGCCCCGACGGUGAACCAUCACGACUUCAUGCCUACCGAGAGCAGUACCUCAAACGUGUGUCUUUUGCCAAGACCCCGUGUGACCUUGCUGUAUCGGCCUGGCCACUACGACAUUUUAUACCCCAAGUGACUUUAAAGUUGCAGACUGAUAAAGGGUGGUCAAGCGAGAGACAUGGACCAACGUUGCACCACGGCCCAUUGUAUUGAUACGUGCAGUAGGGAGAUAUUUGGACGUCAGACUUGUUAGUGAUUAUCAUGGUCUAAGUGAAUCUUCUCCGCAUGCACGAAGUAUCGAGUGUUUCCUCCUUUCUGCCAUAAAAUCUAGUGAUACUCCUUUUAUAUCUUUUUGGUAAGGUUACUUAGAUUUUAUGACUAAAGGAUUGGGAAUCUUUUUAGCAAGAGCCACAACUAUUGGUUAAAAAGAAAACGAUUGAUUAAAGUUGAUCGAGCUGAAAUUUAGUACCUGCA